GGAAGAACGUGCAGGGAGCGCUCAAGGGGCAGAGCGAGUGUGCGAUCUGCUACUCGGUGAUUUCGACCGAUAUGCAGACGCCGAACAAGCGGUGCGCGACGUGUAAGAACACGUUCCACUCGGUGUGUCUGUUCCGGUGGUUCAAGAGCAGCAACCAGAGCACAUGCCCGCUGUGCCGGAACAACUUUGUGUAUGUGUGAGGAGGGAGUGGCGAUGUGUACAUAGACAUAGAGAGGUGAAUACCUCGAAGUCUCGAACUGCUCCGGAUUCCUAUAGUGGGGCGGCAGCGCGGGGCAGUUCCGUUCCUAAAAGCUCCCCGCCGCCGGCCCCAAACCAAGCUCAGCUCCAACCAACCUGAGCUCCAAAAUAUAAUUCAGCCCCUCACCAUGUCCGCCUCCCACAUCCCCAACCUCAACUCCCUUCGUCGCGGCGGCGGUCGCGGCCGAUUUCGUUCCCGCGGAGGCAGUCAGACCGGCGACGCAAGCCACGGGUCUCAUGGGGCCAAAGACCGCGUAGUGCAGGGCACCGACAAUGACGCCAGCGUGUCUCGCCUCAGCGCCGUGAGCCUGGGUUAUCUCCAGGAUGCCUUCGCCCCGGCAUUGACAGCCCCAGGGAUGGAAACCCGCCGACUCCCCAUCAUCAACAGAGGAACCUACGUCCGCACCACCGCCAUCGACCACCUCGUCACCCGCUUCCUCAAUUCCCAUCCCCCGCAGACCCAGAAACAAAUCAUCUCCCUGGGCGCCGGCACCGACACGCGUGUGUUCCGGCUCCUUUCCUCCUCCCCACGUUCCAAUAUCCUGUACCACGAGAUCGACUUUCCCGUCAACACCGCCGCGAAAAUCAAAUUCAUCCGCGCCGCCCCCCUCCUCCAGCGCGUCUUAGGCAGCCACGACGACGUGGUAAUAUCCCCCGCAAACGACGCACUACACUCAUCCUCCUACCAUCUGCAUCCACUCGAUCUACGCAGCCUCUCGACCUCCCCCCGCUUACCGGGCCUCGAUCCUACCCUCCCCACCCUCCUGAUCUCCGAAUGCUGUCUCAUAUACCUCACCCCCGAGGAGGCAGGUUCCGUGGUCCGCUAUUUCACAGAGGAGCUGUUACCGUCGACCACGCCGGUGGGUUUGAUUAUAUAUGAGCCUAUUCGACCAGACGAUGCGUUCGGCCGCACCAUGGUGGCCAAUCUAGCUACGCGGGGCAUCCAGCUCCAGACACUGCAGGAGUUUGCGUCACUUGAAGCACAGAGGCGACGACUUCGGGAGCUGGGGUUUGUGAGAGGCCAGGCAGCCGCGGAUGUGGAUUUUUUGUGGGAGCGGUGGGUGCCGGAGACGGAGAAGGAGCGGGUAGCGGGGUUAGAAAUGUUGGAUGAGAUGGAAGAAUGGCGGUUGUUGGCGAGACAUUAUUGUGUUGCGUGGGGAUGGCGCGAUGGGGAGAGUGGUGUGUUUGAGGGGUGGAGGGGAGUGGAAGGGCAGGAGGCGUAGGACGAAGUAUAUGUUACCCUACUAACUGAGCACGUUGAACGAUGAGAUGACGCGAGAGGGAUGAACGUGGACGUGAUUGCAGAUACAGAAAUUAUUGACAAUUAUU